AUGACAGAUAUCAUUCAGGAGCUUUUGAAGAAACCUGAUUGUGGGUCUGGUGAAAUGGAGUUAAAUCGGAAUAGAGCUGUUAUACUUUCGGAAAUGGCUUCGCUUGAAACAAAGUACGGUGAUUGCUUCAAGCUAGAAAGCAAUGAGGACUUGUUGGGUGAAUACGAAGCAAGGUACAUGCAGAGGUACACCAUAUCAGUGAUUGGUCCACCAUUGAGGAGGAAUCUCAGGUACUCUGACAUAUGCCCUUUCGAGAAUAACGGCGACGACGUCACUUACAUUCUCACAAUGCUUCCUCCAAUAUCUUUGAAGUUCCAGCUCAAUUCAAGAUAUCCAAAAGACCCGAACUUUGCUUUCUGGUUGGAGUGUGCAUGGAUUCCGUCCGAUAUGCUUGAUUUACUCAACAUGAGCAUUUCCUCUCUUAUGGCCUCCGGUGGUACCGGUUCCUCCCUUGAGAAGUGUUGUGACUAUCUCCAAGCAGAAGCCAUUCCUUUUUUGUUCAGUUCUGGUGACCCAAAUAUCCUCGUACUUAAUGUCUUCCAACUCUUUGAUGAGCCGCGAGAUCGUGCUCGACUUGUUGAUAUUUUAAUUGAUUUCGAAGAACAAAUGCGUGAUAGAGAAUUCGAAUUUAGCAAACAUGAUUGUCCCGUGUGUUUUGACACUUUUGAUGGCACGAAUUGCAUCAAACUCAGGGACUGUGGACAUGUAUUUUGCCAUGACUGUGCCGCUGGGUCUUUUAGGGCAAACAUCGAGGAUGGAGCCAAUUCUGGGUCCCCCAUAUGUCCCUCAUGCGCGAAGCCUGUUCGCCCACAGGAGAUUAAACAAGUUGUCAACGCUGACGUCUAUGAGCAAUAUGAGACGCGCCUUUUAAAUAGGACACUCAGUUCAAUGAAAGACAUCGUGGAGUGCCCUCGAGAGGGCUGUGGUAAUUGUCAUGUCAUGCUGGAGGCCGACUAUUCUCAGGGCUUGUGCCCACAGUGCAGAUUUCACUUUUGUGCGCGGUGUCGGCUGGAAUUUCAUGAAGAUACCGCCUGUACAACUGGUCCAAUUGCAAAUCUGUCUCCUGCCGAAGCGAAUGAGAUAGUGCAGCGCUACAAAAGUGCUGGACCACAAGGGCGUGCUCAGAUGGAGCUGGAGUAUGGUUUAAUUAAUAUUAAUAAGCUGAUUGACGAACAAGCUUCGUACACUUUUAUAGGAUCCAACUGCAAACCUUGUCCUAACUGCAAGUCACCCAUACAGAAAAUUAGCGGGUGCAAUCGGAUGUUGUGUUCGACAUGCCACAAGAACUUUUGCUGGAAGUGCUUGGUUGUUAUAACCAGCGCGAACCCCUAUGAUCACUUCAACAGCAGUAAAUGCGCUCUGUAUCACAGUAUUUGGUUGAAGACGAAGGUGCUCAUACCAUGCCGUGUUAAAACCGUGUCCUUGGAGGCAGGCGACAAUUUCAGACAAAACCGGCGGCUGCAAUCACAUGACCUGCAGAAAAUGUGGUUACGAAUUCUGUUGGCUGUGUUUCGCUCGCCACAAGACAUGCCGCUGUUAGCUACCCCUAGCCUUUCGCCCCAUUCCCCCAUGUCUACGUGA